CAUCAUCAUCAUCAUCAUCAUCAUCAUCAUCAUCAUCAUCAUCAUCAUCAUCAUCAUCAUCAUCAUCAUCCGAAGCAUCAUCAUCAUCAUCAUCAUCAUCAUCAUCAUCAUCAUCAUCAUCAUCAUCAUCAUCAUCAUCAUCAUCAUCAUCAUCAUCAUCAUCCGAAGCAUCAUCAUCAUCAUCAUCCGAAGCAUCAUCAUCAUCAUCAUCAUCAUCAUCAUCGUCAUCAUCCGAAGCAUCAUCAUCAUCAUCAUCAUCAUCAUCAUCCGAAGCAUCAUCAUCAUCAUCAUCAUCAUCAUCAUCAUCAUCAUCCAAAGCAUCAUCAUCAUCAUCAUCAUCAUCAUGAUCAUCAUCAUCAUCCGAAGCAUCAUCAUCAUCAUCAUCAUCAUCAUCAUCAUCAUCAUCAUCAUCCAAAGCAUCAUCAUCAUCAUCAUCAUCAUCAUCAUCAUCAUCCGAAGCAUCAUCAUCAUCCGAAGCAUCAUCAUCAUCAUCAUCAUCAUCACCAUUGUCAUCGCCGUCUCCCUC